AUGUCCGGUCGCGGAAAAGGCGGAAAAGUUAAGGGCAAGGUCAAGUCCCGUUCGAACCGUGCCGGUCUUCAGUUUCCGGUCGGUCGUAUACACAGAUUGUUGCGCAACGGAAAUUACGCUGAACGCGUUGGUGCCGGUGCACCGGUUUACCUGGCCGCCGUCAUGGAAUACUUGGCCGCUGAAGUUUUGGAAUUGGCCGGUAACGCAGCAAGAGACAACAAGAAGACUAGAAUUAUUCCUAGACAUCUUCAACUCGCCAUAAGGAACGACGAGGAACUGAACAAACUCCUUUCCGGUGUGACAAUCGCCCAAGGCGGAGUUUUACCAAACAUUCAAGCGGUACUACUCCCGAAGAAGACCGAGAAGAAAGCUUAA